AUAUACAUGUGCUACUGAAUGUUCCGUUCAAGGUGUUCCAUAUCCUUGGCCUUGCUUUGCCUCUUUUCCAUUGGAAUUGCUAAAGCUUAUGCAUCGUAUGGUGAUGUCGACGUGGCCACAUCCGAUGACAUCGCUCGAAAUGUGAUGAGCUUCGGAUUAAAUCUCAUGCAAAAAAUAAACGCCAACUAUAAUAAAAUAUCACUAUUCUCGCCAUUGAGUAUUAUGUCCGCUCUGGCGAUGCUGUUGCUGGGCUCCAAGGGACGCAGUUACUCGGAGCUGGCUCACUUGUUUGGCCAAUUGGAUGUGGUGAAGCUACAUGAUCAGUUUGGCUUGAUGAUAAGAGAUGCUCAGCAGCCAUAUAUUAAAACAACUUCGCCUUUGCGUCAACUGGAUCCUUGGCACAGCGACAGUUUGUCUAAGAGUUUACGGGGAUACCCAGUAAAUCGAAAUGAAUCCCAGAUAUUAUAUGUGGCCAAUGGUCUCUUUGUACAGCAAGGCUUCACCAUAAACCCAAAUUACAGGCAAGCUCUUGAACAAAUCUACAAUUCGGAAGUGUAUCCUGUAGAUUUUGAGAGGGAUCCGAAUACAGCAAAGCAAAAGAUCAAUUCAUGGGCGAAGCUUCAGACAGUAAAUAAGAUAACAGAGCUCAUAUCGGAUGAUAUCGAUACCAGUACACGGAUGAUACUGGCCAAUACAUUAUACUUUAAGGCUAAGUGGGAAAUUGACUUCAUUGGGGGAGAAACUAAAAAACGUGAAUUCUAUCCGAAUGGAGUGGGCUCUCAACCAGUUCUAUUGGUUGAAAGUAUGGCUGGAGUAGGUGCCCAUCCGUAUUAUGAGGAUCGUGAGCUAAACUGUCACAUUAUUGGAAUACCCUAUCAUGGAAACAUGAGCACAAUGUACGUGAUCCAACCAUUAGAAUCUUCAGUGGAAAAGUUGAAAAGGCUGCAAGAAGAACUUAAUACGGAUAUCAUCGAUAAAAUGAUAAGCAAAAUGAAAAGAACCUCUGCAAUCGUAGUCUUUCCAAAGAUGCACAUUACCGAGUCCUUAAAUUUACGCGAAUAUCUACGGAGCAUGGGUAUUGGUGGCAUCUUUACUCCCAUACAAUACGAUCUAUCAAUGAUCGUCACUAAAGACGAACGUUUUCUUCGAUAUCCAUCAGAUGCUAUUGAAAGCCUCAGGAAUUUGGACGCACAACGCGCAGCUCAACCGAAACCGCCAACUCCACGCGCUGAACUUAUUAUUUCGGAAAUCGUUCACAAGGUUGACUUUAAUGUCGAUGAGAAAGGCACCGAAGCAGCUGCCGCCACAGCCGCCUUUUUAAAAAAAUCUGGUCCUGAAGUUAAUUUUAUCGUCAAUACGCCAUUUAUAUUAUUGGUGCGAAAUGAUUUAACGCAUCUUCCAUUAUUCUAUGGAAUAAUUAAUGAGCCGCCAAGUCAAAAACUUAAGUUUACGUAUUAUGGCAAGUAAAUAUAUUCCAAUGCUUGUUAUUAUAGAAGAA